GAUGGUGAAGGAAUGAUAAUACGCCCUGGACGCGGUUCUGUUUUACCCAAAAUGGGUCUGGAAUCACCCACCGCCACACCACAUAUGCCCACCAAGCGUCGUUCGGUUGCGCGUAAAGUGCGUCCCCAGUCCGUCGUUGAGAAUUUGAGCUUGGGACAUAUACCCGAUCUGCUUGAAUCGCCCUCUUCCCAUCGCUCCUCAACACAACUUUCAGCGCGUGAUUCGAAUGGUACAGGCGCUAGCAUCGCAGGCACCACCAUUGGCAGUGGCAAUGCCAUGGAUGAUUUGGGUGUCGAUGAAUGCGGCGACUCAAUAACAGAACUGCCCAGUGCAUCAUUUCAACUUCAGCACUUGGUUAAAGGGCGACCGAAACGCGCAAAGACGCGCGCACCCACACGACCACUCGUUGCUGUUGAUAACAGCGCCGGGCCGAGCACCAAAGAAAUUGGCGAGGGUUUGGAUUUAUUCUUCCGUCCCGGUUCAGUAACGCCAACCACACUGACGCCACUCAUUUCACCCACCUCUGAAGAGUGCAGCUCAUUAUCGUUUGUCGAUAGUCCGACAAUGAGUCGCGAUGGCAACGGUCAUUUGACAUCCGAGGAGACCACACCUAUCUUGGAGGAACGCAGGCCGAUCAAGUUGGAUCGUCAGUCACCAUUACUGAAGGGCAUACCCUGGACUACACGUUCACGUUCCACAGAUAAUUUGGAAAAGUAUUCACCCUUGAUUGGACGAAAAUCGCCGUUAGUUAAAAUGCGCACUGAAGGUGGCACCGCUGCGACGGGUGAGGACACGAAUUCUGUGCUGAAAGCGCCGGAACGAGAGAAUAAGAUGCGUUCACCUAGCAGCGAUUCGAUUCGUAGUCACACAGGUGUCGACGGCAUCAGCGUGAAGACAACAAAUGGUAUUAUACGCACACCAAUUAUCCUACAGAAACCACGUCCCUGGUCAGUGGUGGGUAGUGAACCCAAAGCGCCUGGUGCUAAUGACUUUCAAGGCAGUGAUUCGAGCAAGACAACGCCAGAGAAACUAGACGAAGAUGCCGAAUCGUUAUCGUUUAGUCAAAGCAGCAACAAUGUUGGCAACGCGACAGGAGCCGCAUUGGAGAAAAAGUCUGUACGGGAGCUUGCAGCUGGCCUGAAUCGCUUAGAACUCCCAAUGAAACCACAAGCGCUACCGAGAACAUUACUCACCAGCGCCUCAGCGAUAUCCAAAUCAGCUUCCACUUCGCACAUCACUAGCACGAACAGCAGUAGCAUAAAUAGCAACAAUGUUUUAUAUAGCACCAGCAGCAGUAGCAACNCAAUUAUGCUGCCCCACGCUGAGGAGGAAAUGCCAUUAAACUGGAUAUACCAGCAGGACAAUGAUCCGAAGCAUACCGCUAAAUGUGUAAAAGAGUGGUUUGUUGCCAAUAAAAUUGAAGUGUUGCAGUGGCCUGCACAGUCACCCGAUCUCAACCCAAUUGAGAAUCUAUGGGAGAUUGUAGAUCGGAAAAUAGAACGCGAAAACUGCAAAAACAAGGACUCUUUGUUUGUUCAG